GCAUCUUCUCCGCGCGCGCGAUCGGGCCUCUUCUCUUCUCGGGCGCGAACCUUCUCCGCGCUGCUGCAGUCGCGUCCGCGAGUCUGAACGCGUAGGAGUGCGAAUCAAGUUCGAGAAGCCGAGUGAACCCGCGGAGAAGAGAGCAGAGGGCCCGACGUAAAACAUGGAGUCCAUGAGGCGAUAUCUCGUCCUAAUCUCGGUGGGAAUAUUAUGGAGUUGCGUACUAGGUCUCCAAAGACCACCACCGAGAUAUUCUCAACAAUACAUGCCGGAAACCUCGUUCUCCUGUCGCAAUAAGAUUGUUGGUAGCUAUUACGCGGAUCCUGAGACCGACUGCCAAGUCUUCCAUGUCUGUGUCUCAGUAGCUGGCACUAUUCAGGACUACAAGUUCCUUUGUCCCAACGACACUGCUUUCGAUCAAGAGAGUCAAACCUGUGCGGACUGGUACGAUGUGGAUUGCGAGGCCGCGACUCUCUACUACGCCAGCGACAACUUUGACUUGUAUAGAAUCGGUUCUGGUCUGGAGUCCGUGAGCUACGACAACUUGCGUAGCGAUGCCGAACCCCAGGAUCAUCUUCAGCGUAGCGAAACCAGCGACGCGGUUCGAUCCUCCGCGAACACGGUGAAUCGAGUAUCUUCGUCAAACUACAACAAUCGCGAGGUGCUGCGAAGUAGCAGCAGUAGCAACUUUUACAACAAGAACAACAAGGAAGACGAUUACGAUGAGAAAUCGUAUAAGGAGGAGCAAGACAAUAAGAAGAAGGGCGGUGUCAGGAAGGCUAGUAGGAAGCAACCGUACACCGGCAACGGCAGCAACAACUACUCGCCAACGACCACUACAGCCGCACCAGUCGUGUCCAGACAGAACACCUAUAGCGGCAAUUAUUACAACGGCAACGUGUACAAUCAACGACCCACGACAUACGUUUCGUCAACAACCGUCCAGCCACAGGAGACUUACAACAGAAAUCAGAACACGCAAAGAUACAACGUACCCUCGUCGACGACCGUCCAGCCGCAAGAAACUUACAACAGAAAUCAAAACACGCAAAGAUACAACGUACCCUCGUCCACGUAUCGUCCACCUAGCACGACGUACCAAGAUACGUAUAAUAAUUACCAAUCACCCAGUACGACUGCCAGGACGACUCCGAACAAUGCGUACAACACGAACUUCUACAACGCCUACAGCUCAAACAACUACAAUCAACAGAACACUGCUAGUUCCAUUCAGCCCACAACGCUGAGACCGAGCAGUUACAACCCGAAGACCAACUAUCAGACUUACCAGUUCGCGUCAUCCACCACCGUUCAGCCGAGUACCAAUUACCAGAGCAGCCAAUCAGACUACACUAAUUAUCAACAGAGGAGCUACAACAACAUCCAACGAGGAAGCAGCGCAUCAGUGGCGUACCAGUCCACCACGUCCGCGCCUACCGUUUAUAACAAUAAUUAUAACAACCAUAACAACAAUAACAAUAAUGGCCAGUACAGACCAGUCACGUCCACUAGUCAGGACAUUCCUCAGACCACCGCCAAAUAUUACGCCAAUAGUUUCGCAAGCAACAGUUUUGCACCCACCACUUACAGCCCGGCGACGAAAAAAUACGUGAACGUGGACAAUACUGUCGCGCAGACCGCGAGGAACAACGACAACAGCCAGUACUACGACAAAACGAGCCAAGCGAUCAAGCCUUCCACUCAGUACUACGAUAGCACGAAAACGCCGAAGAAGGCAACUCAAUAUAACAAUUACGACAACGCGAGCAGCGGAAAGUCGUACUAUAUCGAAACGAGCACGGGUAGCUUCAGCCUCGCGAGAUCUUCCGGAGGGAUCGGUUUCAGUCCCGCGAGUAUCAAUCAUCUUGCCGAGUCGCCGAGGACCACCACGCCGGUACCAAGACGAUCUUCUAGCGCUACCACCUAUAACCCGAAUAACUUUAGUUCCACUCAGCGGCCCAUUCAACCGACAACGUCGCGUGGAAUUACCUACGUUAGCGGAUCCGCGAGACCGUUCACGUCGACAACUAGGUUACCCAGCAGCAGUAGCAACAGUGGCAGCGGAAGCAGCACGACAGCGCGAUCGAGAUCGGGAAAGAAGAACGAUUACGAUUACGCAUAUUACGAUAGCACGGGUGGCCUGGAAUACGACGGAGUCGAUCUUGAACACGUCACCAGUAACAAAGAGUCCACGAAGAUCGCGAGGAAUUAAAACAAUCUUGCCUUCUUAAAUACCGCGUCGAAUACUUUGAACCUAGUUGACAGUGAUGUAAAAUAUUGAGGAGCGAGUAUCUCCUUGUAGUUUCAAGUACAAUAGGUAUGAUUUUUUUUUAUAUUUAGUACCUAUACUUGAACAUAUCUUACGGAUACAGUGAAACAAUUAUAUUCGUAAACAGAUCAAUUAUUUCUGAGUACUUAUUCUUGAGGUAUCUUUUUUUUUUUUUUUAAAGUACUCAAUCACGUUUCAAAUCUGCUGCAUAUUCAAUGAUACAAUAUAACCGAAUAUAUAAAAUUACGCGAGAGUUAAGCUUUUAAUUAGUUGAAAUUAGAUGUACUUGGUACAGUAUCUGUACCUAGAUACUGAAAACAAAAGUACCUUUUACAUCACUGAUCGACAGGAGGAUUCCUUGUGAAUUAUUGUUUAUUAGUGGCCAGUCAGCGUCAAAAUCGGUCUUCGAUUAAGUAUUCGCGCACAGAGGCGCGAAGGGGGAACCGUAUAAAUAUUGAAUACCGAUUUUGAGAGGAAAAAAAGAAGAAUCGUUGAUCGAUAUCGAUCCACUUAAAUGCGUAUAUGUUCAAUCGAGAUUUUGACGGCUCGUCCGCCGUUAUUAACAAUAUAAUUUUGUAGUUCAGUAUUCUAGGCUAAUUGUUUAUACAUAUUCUACGGUGCUUAAUCCGCGCAGCAUUAAGCGUCGAGAUGUAUCGAUGUUACGAACGUUAAAAAAUUCUGAUUAAUGUUAGCGCAAAAAAUUGUUUUCGAAUUGUUUCGUCGAUUUUAAUUUUGCCCCUUUUUAUUUUGUCGCGUAAAAGAAAAUGUCGAGAUAACCGAUUAUUAAUAAUGUUUACUAUGUAUUGGUACAGCAGUGCAAAGUUUGGGUGUCAAAUCGUUAAAUUUCUCAUGUAUUUUGUGCAUGUCGACAAAAGCCCGCACAAAACGUGUUCAGAUUUAAGAUCGUUUAAUUACCUGCGUUUAAUUACCUCCCUCUCCCUCCCCCCUAAAGUAUACGUACUGAGUGUAUAUACACUAUAACUAUUUUAAUUAAGAAAAGCAUUAAAUAGCAUGAUUUAUUAUUUCA